AUGAAAUUAAAUUUUUUUAUUUUUAUUUUUUGUGUAUUAUUACCACAAAUUAUUUUUAUUGAUGCAUUAAUUGAUAAUGCUACCUGCGAACCUAUUGAUCCCUCUUCACCAUGUGCCCCAUAUUUAAACUAUGAUGCUAUAUAUGUUAAUGCAACAUAUAACCAAGCAAUAUUAAAUAUAACAGCUACACUUGCAUUUGGUCAAUUAGGACAAAUUCCUUCAGUUUUAAAUCAAUGUAAAGCAAAUGCAACUCUCAUAUUUUGUUUAUCGACAUAUCAAAAAUGUAAUGAAAUACAAUCAGUUAGUAUUCCAGUUCCAUCGAGACCCUGCCAUAGUGUAUGUGGGAAUGUAUUGGCCUCGUGUCCACCAGCUGUAAUAGAAAUAGCAUAUCCAAGUGGGUUCUCAUGCGAUUUAAAUGAUCAAGAGUUAAAUCUACCACAAUUCCCUGAAACAUCCACAUAUUAUAAUCUUACAGAAUUUGGUGGAACAAAUAACGAAUCAGUUCAAUGUGUAAACGGGGAAGCAAAAACCAUUGCCUUUGAAUGUCCACAUCCUUUAAUCCAGCUCCCAUAUGCAACUAUUGAAAACUCAAACACCUAUCCUGUAUAUCAAAAUUGUGUGUUACCAUGCCCCGUUCAAGUUUACACCGAUAAGCAACAAAAUAAUAAGUUUUUAACAGAAGUUAUUUGCUUUAGUUUUUCUGCAUUUAUGAGUGUAUUUUUACUCAUAACUUUUGGUGUUUUACCAAACAAAACAAAUCAUAGAUGGCUUAUUAUUGUUUAUAUUUGUAUCACAAAUUUAUCAUUAUGUGCAAGCUAUGCUAUUCAAGAAGCCAAUCUUUACUACAAAACACAUAGAACAGAUUGGAGAUGCACUGACGAUCCUGGAAGAUAUAAAGAUCAUACGGACAGUACAUGCCAAUUAAUGGGUUUCUUUUUUAAUGUUGGGGGUUUAGGUACAAUUAUGUUUUUAACACUAUAUAGUUUCGAUUUCUUUUUAACUAUGAAUAUGAGAAUGUGGAUAUUUAUUAUUUUUAUGUCAUUACUACCAAUGAAGCAAUUUUCAUCUUCAGUUGUUUCAAGUGGUUGCUGGAUUGGGUCUGGUACAAAAAUGUUUUAUCAAUAUUUUUGUUUUUAUGCUCCGGCUUAUUUUUCAACUCUUUUAAUGGUAAUUUUCAUUUCAUUUUCAACAUACAGAUUAUUUAAAAUGACAAUAUUAUUCAAAUCUUUGAAUGACAGAAGAAUCUUACUUUUAAAUUUAAGAUCCAUUGUAUUUUUAUUUUUAAUUUUAUUCUGUGUAGUAUUCACCUCUUUCUAUCCAUUAUAUACAACUUAUAAUGAUGAGGAAUAUAUCGAAGCAAUUGCGGUUUGGGUUAUGUGUAUUAUGCAAGGUGGUGGAGAUACAUGUGGACAUAUUCAAUUUAAAGGUUAUGGUUUAAGAUACUUAAAUUUCUUCACUAUGGCUAUUAUUGGUGUUUUAUUGUUCUUCUUUACUAUUGAUCCUUUAGUGCUCCAAAUUUAUAGGGAAUCAUCAAGAUUAAAGAGAUUUUUAAAUCUCUUUGGUAUCAAAUGGGGAGGUCAAAUACCAUCAGCUCCAAAUUCAAACACAAAUACAACCUCUGAUUCCUCAGGUUCUAAUAAUAAUAAUAAUAAUAAUAAUAAUAAUAAUAAUAAUAGAAAGUCUUUUAGAAAAUCAAGAGGAGUUUCUAUAACAGCCAAAAAAUCUAUUUCAAGCUCCGAAAGCUCAAAUAGCAUCGAAAUGAACCCUUUAAAUGAAUCUCAAAAUAGAAAUUUAGAAUCUUCAACAACAACUUUAACUGCUGCAGCAACAAAUAACGAAGUUUAA